AUGACUAUUACAUCAAAAGGCAAGGCUGACCCUGGCAGUGCACAGGCUGCUCGCUUCGCCACCGUCCUCGUUGGUUCGGAUAAGAAAUCUUUUGUCGUUCACCAAGACCUCCUGACAUACCAUUCGCGCUUCUUCAAGGCGGCUUUGACAGGCAACUUCAAGGAGGCUGGAGACAAGACCGUCACCCUGAAAGAAGAAGACCCGCUAAUCUUCGAAUUCUUCGUACACUGGCUGUACCACAAAGGAUUUCCUGCAAAGCAUAACACUUCUGUCGAGCUGCUCAACGAUUGGGAACGUGAGAACGACCAUGGUGGUGCGAAAACGGGCAAUUUGAUCCACCUUUACAUUCUUGGCGAUCAGUACGGUGUACCAGAACUGGGGCUUCUCGCCUUGACCGAGCUUUUCCAGCACAUGGAAGAGAUGGAAACUGGCCUUCCCAACCGCUUGCAGAUUAUCCACGCAUUCAACAGUCUCCCCGAUGGGUCUGCUCUCUUACUCUACCUAAUCGAUUCGCACUGUCAUUAUUCCGGAGGAUAUUUCUGGGACAAUGAGAACGUACACGACUUUCCUUCGGCUUUCCUUAUCGGCAUCUUAAAGCGGUACUCCCAGUAUGCGCAAGGUGGUCGAUCCUCCUCCGAAGAACUCAACUUGUGCGACUACCAUGACCACAAAGAAGACAAGGAGGGGUCAAGCUGUCCAUUUAAGGAGAUCAUAACACUACUCUAG